GGAAUUUGGAUCAACUGGAGUUAUUGUCGAAGAAGCUUAAGGCAAAAACUUCUCGAACUGAAGCUCCUUCUCAAUCUAUUGCUGCAACUAGAUGUACUUGAGGACAUGUACUUCAGAAGAAAAGGAGGAUCCGAACAAAAUCGAUGAAAGACUUCAAUUGGCUUUUAGCUCGUGAGGGAAUAAAUGUGGAACAACUAGCAUGUGAUCUUAAGUCCUUUGGAUUGAAGAUGAGUAUGACACAUCGAUAUAAUAUUCCGGAGAAAGAACGUGUUCCGGCCCAUGUGUCGCAAGUGAGCAAUACAAAAUAUAUAUCAGUUGUCCUCAACAAAUUGGAUCCACAGCAGAAGCGUCAGUUGGAGGACAGUUGUAUAGGACAUGUUGCAAGGUUACCGGAGCUGAAACUAUCUGCUCAAUUAAUUCAUGAAAUGGUAAACAGAUCGGUGGUAUGCCGAAAGCGGUUUGAGGCUUGGUUCAAGGUGAACCAAAGGUUUGCACGAUUUGGACUACCGGAGUUCGCACUAAUUACUGGCUUGAAGUGCAGUCCAGUGCCUAAAGGUGUCGAAGUUGACAAAAUCCUAGAGAAAACCCGUCUACAAGAUAAAAUGUUUGCUAAUAUGGACAGGAUAACGUGUAGCAACCUGGAGAAAGCUUUUUUGAAAUGUGCCAACCGUAACGAUCGUUACAAGCUUGGGUUGGCACUAAUUAUUGAAGGGGUAUUUAAUUCAAGAGAUCGAAAUGUAGGAAUAAAUUCGACAACUCUUUCCAUCGUUGACGACUUGGAUUUUUUCAAUGCCUACCUAUGGGGGACAGUAUGUUUUCAACUUCUCAUCAAAUCACUACUACGUGGAUGGGGAAGAAAGGCGGACAUGGUAAAAGUGAAUGAUUGUGAUAGGAUGACUUACACAUUGUACGGAUUCCCUCUUGCUGUCUAGAUUUGGACGUACGAGGCAAUUCCGGAGUUGGGAGCUCGAUUCUCAAGUAAGACUUGUGACGAUGUCCCGAGGAUGUUGCGGUGGUCUGGCAUGAAACAACCUCAUUCCCGAACAUAUUCAGAUUUUUUUGAGAAGACAAAUGUAGGCGAUUUACAUACUUAAUUGCCUUACACUCCGCAAUAUAUAUUUUUUCAU